AGCCCAGCCCAGCCCAGUCGGUGCCGGCGCGGCGCAGCGAGCGGACGCCGGCAGCAUGGUCAGCGCGGCCGGGGAGCUGGCGCUCAUCGCGCUGGGUUUUUUAUUACCUGUGUGUCAUGCCUUGGAGAACACGACAUCUGCCUUGAAUGGUCCUCCAGUGGCGGCAGCAGUCAGAUCCCAUUUUAAUGAGUGCCCCGAUUCCCACAGUCAGUUCUGCUUCCAUGGGACCUGCAGAUUUUUGGUGCAAGAGGAUAAGCCAGCAUGCAUCUGCCAUUCUGGGUAUGUCGGGACGCGCUGCGAACAUGCAGACCUCCUUGCCGUGGUAGCUGCCAACCAGAAGAAACAAACCAUAACUGCCUUGGUGGUGGUGUCAGUGGUAGCAUCAGUCGUACUUAUUGUGGUGUGUGUGCUAAUACACUGCUGUCGGGUAAGGAAGCAUUGCGAGUGGUGCCGAGCUUUUGUCUGCAGACACGAGAAGCCUGGUGGGCUCCUGAAGGGGGGAGCUUCUUGCUGUCAUUCAGAGACAGUGGUCUGAAGGGGACUAGGAUUUUACCGACACAUUAAUUGCCAUGGCCAGAUGGAAUUGCUGUAGCAUAAGAAGGCCUAUGCUAUUCCGGAGAACUUUUUUUUUCCCCAUGGAAGUCAGUGCUUUGAGAGGGAUUAGCAUUGAGCAUUUUCUACCUUCCCUUGAACCUUCAUAUGCAUCCUGUAUUAUAUGCUGAGCUUUCAGAACCUUGCAAAACCAAGGCCACCAUCUGUUUGGGGCUAUGCAAUGUGGAGUCGUGAAGUUAAUUAGAAGACCACAUUUUAACCAUGGACUCUUAAAGACUUUUACAAGAGUUCAAAGACUUGGACAUGGGAGCAGCACAUGGGUCAGCUUCAUGUUUACGUAGAUAUGACAAUUGUGUGUUGGGGUGGGGUUUGGCACCAGUGAUGGAACAGGAGUGUGUGCAGUUCAGGUUGGGUUGUUUUCUUGUUUUUUGUCCCCCUUUUUUUUUUUUUUCCUUCACUCAACGCCCUGUUGGUAUCUGUCCUGCUCUGAGACUCUGUGGAAUGGAUCUGAAGGCUGGGUGUCUGGUUCAUGCAUUUGUUACAGCUUGAAUGUGCUAGGAGUGGUGGCAUGUUGGUCUUUCCAGAGAAGAAGCGGUCAUUUCAAAGGAACAGGCUGACUUCAGUUCCCUUUGCUGCUGCCACCACCUGCCAACAAAGUCUGUGGACGAUGUGGGACAAAGUGGACAAGCCAGGAGCACCUAGUCUCGUUCUGACCAUCAGUUCCUUUUGAUAGUGAAGGAACCUGCUGGAAGGGGGGAAAUGGCAUUCAGUCAAGCAUGAAAGAAAGGCUUCCAGGCUUGACUUCCAUUUGCAUUUCAGAUCCAACAGCAGAAAGUUUUGCAGGUCUUUGGGGAAGAGUGGGUUGGGUUUUUUAAUGUCCUGGAAAGUUGAAACAUGGGGGACACACAUAAUGGCUGAAGUCGGGAUGUUGGGAAACUAUGCAUUUACAGCUUGGUCCAAAGCAAACUGAAGUUUUUCCAUCCAUUUGAAUGGGCUUCAGAUCGGGACCUUUAGACACAGGCCUGUUGCAUUUUUUUCAUUGCUGUCUGUUCAGACUCUUAAACACCAUGAAGUUUGGAGCCUGUCCCUGCAAUUUCUUCUAUUGUGGGAAUAGACUUAAUUCAUACUAGUACAUAUGAGGAGUCUAUAGCAGAACUCCAGUGGGUAAAAUGAACCCCAGGUGGCUCUGCCCUGAGAUCACAGUUGGGCCAGGUAGUGGGAAUAUUGCAUGGAGCAGGGAAUCUGCUUAUUAAAAAGUUUGCAAGAUCACGCCUGUCAUCAAUAUGUCUGAAUCUGCAAGUGCAGUGAGCUGCAGCGUGGCCACAAAAAACUGACCAUCAGGUGGGCAAAAUAGUCUUAUUUGGCACAAAGUUUACUUCACAAAUCUGCAUAGCAAGAUGCAAGACUCAGGACAGAUUCACUCUUCCUGGUGGAAACUGGGCCUGUCUUUAUCACAGACAGCCCUGGUAACACCUGCUCUGAAUUGGGCUCCAGAUUAGCAAGUAGUUUAGGAGCAGAAUUAUGCUCAUUGUCUAGAAGCAAAACGUUAGGGGAAGAAAUCUUGCAAGCGUUAGUCUAGUCAGCCCCUGGUAGGGAAAAACAGGUGCAAUUUGUGUUCUCUCUCUCCUUCUCACCUCUCUCUCUCUCAAAACCCGAUGAAAACCAGCAUUUUCUGUUUUCAACCCCCACAAAAAGCCAAGGGUCUUUGGAGGCUGUUUUCCUACAAUGAAAGCUACCUGGUGAUUGGCACCAACGCAAAUGUUGAAGGUGAUUAGAGAAUGGUGAUCAUAUCUAUAUUGCUGUCUUAACGGAGGCAGAUCAGCUUGUUUGAACUGGGCCGCUCGUUCCUAGUAAGCCUGAUGGAUUCUUCCACUGGCCCUGGUUCUGGAACCUAGGAAUAAUUUCAAUUGAUUUAUGUGUCAUGCAAGCUUUACCUUUGGAUGUUGAGCUCCUGAGGAACUUGAUACCCGUGGGUUUCUCUCAUGAUUCCUCCUCUUCUUCCGCUCCCCUCGCCUCCCCUUAAGCAUGCAGAACUCUCCAGGGGAGUGGGGGCUCUGCUCCCUUUUCGUGUUUCACAGACUUUUUUUUUUCCAACUUAGUCUCAUGGAAGUUGCACAUUUAGGUACUGGAUCCUGCCAGGUGCUGGAUACCUUGUGUUCCCACAGACUUGUGAGAGGUUCUGGGCACCUGCAACAUCAGGCCCUUAUUGCCUCUUCUGUUUUUUAUUUCGAGAACAAGACUAAAUAAUGAAUCAUUUCCCCUAGUUGAAUUAUUUAAGCCUCUUCAUGCCAUGAUGCACACACCCAUCAGGGCUGUGUUCCGCUUUAUUUCACAAGCCUCCUUCACUCAUCAGACCUGUCCCUGUGAAUGUGAGAGGCCCUGAGUUCUCUUCCCUGCGCCGCUGUUCCUAUCACAUGAUGAGGUGAAGUCCUUUCUCAGGCAGAUGCAUUGGCCUCUAUGUUGGGAGCACCCCAGGAAGCUCGCAGAAAGCCUGACUGGAUCUGUGCAUUUUGCAUGAGGUUCUGACAUGCUUGAUGUCUUCCUCCAUAUAAGAGUUUCCAUGCUGGCUGCCAUUCGGCUGUACCAGCUCAGAUUGUGAGCAUGUUAUCAUGGCUCACAAGAUGGACCACAGCAUGGGCAUGUAUUUUGGGGAGUUCAGGGUCUUAGACCUUGACCUUUCAAUAUGUCUCUUAAACUUCCCAACUGCCUCUUGUUCUGACCUGCUAACAGGAGCAUCUGUGUAUCCACUGGCCUUAAAAACAGAGGCCUGAGUCUCCUCCAGUGCAAAUGAACAUACUUCUGUUGAAGUCAGCUGAGUUGCAUCAGUUCACAUUGGCUGAGGAUCUGAUUCAGCACUGCUUCCCACCCACCUCUCCUGGCUGUUCAUUUAAAGAGAAAUUAAUAUAUAUAAGGACAGAAAGGAGAGUUUGUAAGCUAUUUCUCUGAUAGUCUCCUUGCCAUUGUCUGAUCUUCCAGGAUCUCCAGGCUUUCAUGCUGAUACCUAAAUAAUGUGACUUGGUCGGAUCCCACUUCAUUAAGAUGGCAUGCAGAGAGGGGAGGUUUUAGAGGGCUUCUUUUUUAUUUCACUGUUUGCAAAGAACCUAUUAGAAAUACAGCUCUUAUGGCAGCGUAUGUUUGGCUGACAUUUUAAAACUGAGAUCAGAAUUGCCCCUUUCCUUCCCCAUAAUGGCUUUUCCAUCUACACCUGGGUCAGGAGUGCAAGAAAAAAUUCCUCCUUGAUGCCAAGUUGCAGCUUAAAUCUACUGAAACAUUUCCAGGAUGAAAGGUGUUAACAUCACACUCACACCUGAAGCUCUCACAGCUGGUGCAUGUGGAAUGUGAGGAGGAGGGGUUGAUACACUGUGGACUUUUGAUAGCAGGAAUAUCAAGGUGGUGCCAAGUUAUGCUCUUCGUGAAGCCAAUGGCUCUUUCUUUCAGUUGACUCCAUUGAUGCCAAGAAUUGGACAGAUGCUUCUCAAGGCAAUUUUUUGGGACUGAGAGAACCUUAAGCUCUGUAGCAAAAGGCUGUGAUGGCACUAAUGGCUCCUUACUCUGUGAAUGUGAGCAUUUCUGCAGACACAGAGAGGAAAGGCUAGCUCCAUUGUUUUACCAUUAAUGUCCAUGGGGCCAGGAUUUCACUCUGAGAAUGUAGGGACAGAAUGAAGAGGUGAUGCUCUGUUGGCUUUGUAUGAAUCAAAAGUAAUUCCAUUGGGGAAGCAUUUAGAAACAGUCGGAGCCAUCCAGAUGUACAACAGUGUAACUGAACGCAGCAUUAAGCUGCAUUAUAAUCAAUCCAUCCUAAGAAGCAAUGGUGCUGGAAUCAGAGCUCCACUGUAUUGAUUGAAUGCAGUUGUCAGUGGUAGGAGUUUUUCACAGGCGUGAAAAAAUGCUGAGCCCUCAGCUUUGUAGAUCUUGGGGAGCUAGGUGUCUUGCCAGUAUUUGUGCUUCUGAAAAUCACCCCAGUUUCUUCUGGAUGAAGCAGAUUCUUGUGCCAGUAGUUGGGCUAUUUCAGCUCCAGGCCCUUCAUUGCCUGGAGAAGCCUACUUGCAUUUUUCCCCAAUGGUUAGAUAUUUUUACCUCCCAAAAUAGUCCUCCACCCAAGUCCGUUUUCAGCUAAGUAGCCUAGAAUGCUUCAGAAACUUGAAAGACAAUAGGACAAGUACUCAUUGCAUGGACCACACUAAUUUUCUGGGGCAGAUAAUAACUUUUUAUUAAUAAAUAAAAUGAACUUUAAUUCUAGGAAGCCUUCUUCAGCUGGUGCUCUAGCCUCCAGUGAAUUGUUAACUUUUUUUUCCUUCCAUACUUUUUGACUUUAUUAUAACCAACCUGGAGCUUUUUUUUUUUUAGUCAUGGUUAUUCUAAUGUCUUCUGUAUAUGUUGCACUGAAAAAGUUAAUAUUUAAUGUUUUAAUUUAUUUUGUGUGGUUAAAUUAAUUUUGAUUUCUGUAAUAUGUUACUGUGAUUGGCUGUUCUUUAUUUCCCUAAUACCUGAAUUAUAGUUAUUUAAGUAAGUGAUAAAGUACACGUUUUUCAGAA